ACAGACGACGCGUAAAAUUCGGGAGUGCCGUUAAAAGUAUUGUACGUACAAGUGCGGGAGUGCCGUUAAAAUUAAGUAUCGCGCGUGUUAAUCAACUUUGACGACUCUGAUAACUUAUUAGAGGAGGAGGAGGUCUGGGAAAGACGUCGGGCACCAGCGCAACAACCAUGGGAUCACCGUAGCUUCAGGUCAAUGCAGUUAACUUCGCUGUUACGCAUCGACCGAUCAAUUUAAUCCACGUAAUCGCUGUUAUGCAUCGAUCGGUGAAAAGAAACGAAAUCAGUGUGAACACAAGCUAGGAUAUUAAUCAAAAUGAGAUUCAGAUUUCUUGGUGACGGCGAUUGUCCUGAUUGGUUGUUGGCGGAAAUCAAUACACUUUCGCGAAUGACUUCGAUUAAAAUGAAAAUGUUAGGUCAAGCAGUGGCUAAAUAUUUGACCGAAGGAGAACUUGACGAGGAAAAGAUAAAAAAGAUCACACAAGACGCUAAACUUGAUGUGAAUGAUGCAAAAGCAAUGGUAGCCGCUCUUGAAUUGAUCUUUACAUCUUCCGCCCGUUAUGGUGUUUCUGCUGCUGACUUGAGCAACGAGCUGCAACAAUUAGGACUACCGCGAGAGCAUAGCACUGCUGUAGCAAGACUUCACACAGAUCACUGCUCUCAGAUCACGGCUGUCCUUUCGUCUCAAUCUUUAAGAGUCAGUCGCUUGUCCUCCAUCGAAGUGUUACCUUGCGAUAGUACUUCGCCUGUUUCUACAGUGGCAUUAAAAUUGAAGAAAAUAGACGGCAAUGAAGAAGAUUCCACUAUAAAUAUCUCGAAAGAUGAUGUGCAAGUAUUGUUGAAAGGUAUUUCGGAGGAGCCGUCAAUAAUGACACAUCAAUUAAGCGCUUUCUCUUUCUCUCUCUCUUUCUCUCUCUCGCGAUUAUACACACGUUCCUGGGACGCGAUUCUUUUUAUUUUUUUUUUUGGAGGGCUCUGACCGGCUCUUUCGUCAACGCUCUUGCUGUGGAACCAAGGAUUUUGCAUGAUCAAUGAUUAAAAUAAUAAGAAAAAAAAAUAUUUUGAUCAGUCAGUUUUUUUCUUUUAGUAUCACUAGCUUCGUGUUCCUUAACUCUGUGUAGACGAGUUUAUAAAUCUUAUAUAAAAAUGUCAAAAUUAUGUGGAUUCCAUCUAUUUUUCAUGGAAAAUUUCUUAUUCCGAUUUGACGUUGUUAAAUAUUUAUUUUAAAUGAAUAGAAGUGUCUGCAGAUAAGGAUUAAAAUAUCUGUUAAUCUAUUGAAAUAAUUAUCUUUUGUAAAAGGAUUUGCAGAUCUAUUAUAGUAUUGUUUCCUUUUUAUUGCGGUGUUGUAACGAUAUGCAUAAUGUAAAAUACUUUGCCAACAAUUAAAUAUAUAUGAUAUAAAUAAAUAUAUAUUCUAGUUAAGAUUAUACUCUCGUCAACGAGUCAAGAUACAAGCGAUUCAAGGAUGCUUAUCAUGACAAUAGCAAUAAUUCCUUGCUUCCGAAACGCCCCCGGUGCGGAGCCUUCCUCGACUGUCUACGGUCACAUACCUACGUCUAGGUUCUAGCCGGAUCUAAAACGAAUUAGAGUACGGUCGCUGACACUAGACGGUAAAAAAAUAUUUCUGCGAGAGGCAGCUUUUGUAUCUCUCAUCGCCGCGCUCGAUUUCUCGCGUACGUCGACGUCGACUACAUGAUUUUAAUGCAAAUAUAACGAAGCGAAAUCGUCGAGAGCGGGACGAGCAUCUCUAGAAAUUGUGUUGACAUAUGAUAGAUAUGCUUUACAUUUAAAUAUAUAUAUAUGUAAAUUUGUAAGAAAAAAUUCUGCAUACGAAUAAAACAGCGAAAUAUGAA